GGCUCUUCCGCUCCUGCGCAGUGACUCAGAAGUCCAUGAUUGACAGGCGCUUGUUUUGACAAUGGAGCCCGCGAGCCUCUAGGUUGAGACAUGUUCGGCCAACGCAGGAUCCUGAGGAAACAAUCUGUGAUUUAGUUUGCAGGAUGGAGUCAGAAUUUCCUAAAACAACUUGCAGUUUGUGGGAUAAAAACAGCACUGGACGUUCAACUUUCAUUCAUUUGAGUUAUUACAGGAAACCAAAGGUUUGUGUACCAGAGAAAGUGCUGAAACUGAUUCAGCAUCAGUGUGAGAAUUAUGGACAGACAACUUACAUUCUUGUUGGCUCCUUGGUCGUUGAAGAAGAUGGUGAGGGUGUCCAGUUCCAAGUAGACCGUUUGGACACUCGAAAGCAGAUUCCUCCAGAUGGUGCUGGCCUUGCUCCUGGUGAUGUGCUCAUCCCUCUUGAUGUCACUAACAACAAAGCGAAGGAAAGAUGUGGCUCUGUGGAAGACUACAGCACUGCUUUAAAUCGGUUGCAGGAGCGUUGCUGCAGCAAGUCAAGCAUUGACCUCAGUAGCUUCAUGCUGCUUCGUGGCUGGGGUUCUUUCUACAGCAAUGCUGUCACUUACGUGGCACAUCUCGAUUUCGAUAUGGUUACAGUGGAAACUGUGUUCAAAGCUACUCCAAUCAAUCCUGUGCCAAUUGUCUUGACUGCACUGUCGAAGAAUUUAGCAGGCCCAAUGAGUUUGAGUCACAUGCAGGGCACACCUAAGACUGGGUUUCUGACCAUGGAUCACACAAGAAAGUUGCUGCUUGUUUUGGAGUCUGAUCCAAAGACUGCAACUCUUCCUAUUGUAGGCAUCUGGGUUUCUGGGACGGAGUAUGUGCAACACCCUUUUGUCUGGGCAGCGUGCUUGAGAUACAUUCACAGUACUCAUCUGGAGGAUAGGGUUUGCAUGCCGCCAUCAGAAUUUCUUCUAGUUCUAUACACACCGAUGCAUUCAAGACCCGAGUUCUUCCAGUGCUGCAGUGCAUCAGGAAAUUCGAACUUCCAGUUUCAGCUGUGUACUGGCCAUGAUGUAGGAAACAUGACAAAGUCUUUAUCAAGCCGAAGUGAUAACUUUGCUGAAGUUGAACUGGAAACAGUGAAUAGUGGUGCCAAAAUAGAAAUGUUUGAUGCAGCAAGAGUAAAGCAUGGCCUAUUGCAAUCAAUGCAAGUACGGAGGGAGAGUGGUGGUGGCGGCAGUGUACCUGACGACAUAGAACCCCGUGCUGCUCCCACCCCUCACAUGGAGAAGGUACCAUGUUUCACGCCAAUGGUGCCCGAUGUGUCGAUUCUGUGGACAGAGCCAUCAGAAGUCCCUCAAUUUCCUCCUGCGUCCUUGCCUGCAAGACCUCAUCUCCCAUUUAGCUCAAGCUCAACUCCACAUCUGCCAUAUGACAAUAGAAGUGUCACCCAACAUCUUCAACAAAUGUACACCCCAGUGCCUAGCUCUAGCUCUUAUGCUCAAUUUCAGCAGUCCAUGACGCCAGCUGCCAGUGUUGUUUCUUAUGGCCCCCCUACAACUCUCAAUCAUGGAAUUGUGUACCAUAGAAAAACAGAAGGACCCUCUCCCGUACAAAACAUAGUCAGUCAGAGACAUCAGUCUUCCCGAAGUCUACAAUACCAAGGCCAUCCUGGGUACGUCCAGCAGCCUGGAGCUAGACAAAAUGGUAUGUUUCCCAACCAACAGAUGCCAGCUGUUGCCCAUCAACCACCUGUGCCCUCCCAGUCAAUGACCCCAUUGGUUGCAAGUGCUCCACAGUUCAGUGCAACACCUUCUGCUCAGCCCUACCAAGGGGUGGGAUUGGGUGUGCAUAUGGCUCCCCACCAAGGAGCAUAUCCUACAUACACCCGUCCUCCCUCUCACCCACAGCCUUCCUUCAUGUCAUCAGCUCAACGACCCGGUGUCCCGGUGCAGUCCGCGCCCCUUCAGGCUGGCCCCACAAUGCAACCCGGAGUGAGGAUACCUGGCAGCCAGGCAGUAGUCCAACCUUCUCAGUCCGUGCAGUGGAAUCCCCAACCAGGAGGAAUUUUGAAAACUCCAUCAGGGCAAUUUCAGACUGGAGCCAUGCUCCAGAUGCCGAGAACACCAGUAGACGCACAAGGUGGUGGUAGAAAUGGGCAUGCAGUAGUACAGCAAUCAGGGCAUGGGCAGACUUCUAAUGGGAUAUUCACCCCCGCACCAGUCCAGCAACAAAUGUCUCUGCCACACCAACCUGUGCUGGCAGUCAGCUCGUUACCUAGCAACCUGGUUCCUGCUACUGGUCGUUCUCAUGGACAGUAUAGUGGGAACACUGGCAUUCCUGUUUCAAUGAACAAGGAUUCAAACCCCCCAAUGACAUUUUUGAAAACUGUAGUAGAAGAAACGUCAUCUUCGUCAUCUUCUUCCUCUAACUCUAAGCUUAGUCAGGGAAGUGUAUCAGGUAAUAGGAACUUGCAAGCAAGUGCUACAACUCAUAAUGGUAGCCAUAGUAGUGGUAGCAGCACUAGUAGGAUAAGUGAUGAUGAUAGUGGACUAAGCAUUACUCCCGACAGGAUGAACCCGUCACCUCAUGGACAAGCUCUUCCUAUGUUGUCUAUAGCAUCAGCACCUGCUUCAUCUAUUGGUGCUAGUGCUUCAGCCCUUUGUCCCACCCCAUCUGGUCUUCAAGCCUCAACAGCGUCUCUAGAAACUUCCAUGAACAGCGUGAAAUGGGACCAGGUCCCCCCGGAAAUCCGCAUGUUGUUAAUUCAGCAGAAUGAGCAGCUCAAACUCUUGCAGCAGCAAAUCUCUCUUCUCAUGCACAAUCAGUCCCAGCAGUUGUCUGCCUCUCAGAGCACGGCAAGAAGCCAUCCUGACAACAUCACCACUUCAACGCAACUCUCAGCUGACGCUUCUGUAGGGUCUCAGCACAACUCUAAGCGAUGCUCUGUUGGAAUAAAUACGUCUUUUAUGGAUUCCACGGGACAGACCCAGCAAGAUGGCAGUACACUUCGGGAGUGCAGAGAUGUUCAGACAAGCCCUCAAAAGUUUACCACUGUUCAUCCAGACUUUGUAGCGUCUCCUGUGCUGAUGGAUCCAUCUUCUCAACCAGAGGAGUUCUCUGGUCCCAAAAGCAAUGGAAACACCCCUGCUGAGAUUAGGAAUCACGGAUCUGUUCCUGUGAACAGCACGAGAUAUGAAGAUGUCAGGUCCAACAAUUCUGAAAAUGUUGUCUCCAACCUAGAAGUUCAUUCAGCUCGAACGCCAUCAUCUCACACUUCAUCUUCAGGGGAAGAAGAGACUGACCACAGAGAUCUGGUCAGUGCUGCGGAAAGUAUUCCCGUGUACGACCACACUAUGAACACUGUGGUAUCUGAUCUAGUCGUGGAUAUGCCAGACUAUUCUUCCACUAUGGACAGCAAAUCUCAGUCUCAGUUUGACCGCAGCCCAACAAGUGUCAGUGAUUACUACAACAAUGGACAGGAUGAUUCGUACUCCACAUUGGCUGAAGAUGCCACAGAUCCUAAGCAGUAUUACAGUCAAUUGAUGAACAACAUACAGAUGUUUCUCACCGGUGAUGGCAGUCAGGAUGCAGAGGCCUCGGAGAAUGUUCCUCUGUCAGACACCACAGUGCAGUCUUCCCCGUGCAAAGCUUCAGGCAACAAUGACUCCACCUUUGUGCCUCAAGUGAACUACAUCUCCAUGCUGCUGGGUUGUAGCUCUGACACUGGUCAGUCCAUGGAGAUCAACGCUAUGGCUAUGAAGUACCUCAAUGAUGAGCAGCUCACUCAGAUGGCCAAACUGCGACAAGGCUGUCCAAAAAACUCACAGCAGAGUGACUAUACAGAGAAAAUCUUACAAAGAGUCAUCGGACACAGCAAGUCAUCCGCGUCUGCCCCCGAUGUGUCUGUAUUGGGUAUAUCCCCCAAUGACAUGACUAUGGGUACUCGGAAGUACAUGGAAAAACAUGGGCUCCUCGGAGGAGAAAAUGAUACCUUUAUCGGAAGCAAGGAACCUUCUUUCUUUGACCACACCUUGAGGCUAAAAACUGAUUUUAGUAUGGCUGCCAGUGCAUGUCGGGACACAGAUGUUAGUGCCUCUGGAUGGCAGAGUUCCAAUGACGGAGAUGUGGAUGCUAGCUCAAGGUUAUCACUGCAUUCAUCUCCUGUAAAGAGCCCUGUUUGUAAAGAGAUUCUAAGAACCAGGGGGAAUCGUCCUCUCGGUUCUCCUUCCACUGAUGGAGAAGGUUCCCCCCUUGCAAACGAAAAAUGGCUUCCAGAUUCAUUAAAAGCUUCUGUACAACAUAAAGACCUUGGAGCCUCUCCUGUUUUGCCAGCUCCCAAGCAUUACAAUCCUAAUGAGUGUAACAAAGAAAAUGCUUUAAAGAAUGGAAAGGGGAGAGUCACAAAGACAAAAACCUGUGUAAAAGAUUUUCCUGUGGUAAAUACCGACUCGGUAACCACAACAUCGACUGAAGAUCAAGAAGAAGAAAAUUUGUUGGAUAUUGAAAAGUUAAAACAGCUGCCAAAGUUGUUAUAAUAGUUAGUUAUGAUAUGUAGAACAUUACAAUAUGAUAGUCAUUUUGCACCUUGUAACUUAUAAUAUAUAUAUUUACUGUAAAACGACCGAAUCUUUGCGCCAUACCUGUUGGUUUUUUUGUGUGUCUUCAUUCUACCUCCUGUUUGCUCAAGCUUCUGCUUUAUUGUGCGAACUGGAGUCUUUGGCUUUUGUUCUGUAGGAACCAUCUUGCCUCAAACUCAAUCCUAAACUCUAGAUAAGUGUACCUAGAGACUUGCCUGGCGGUGAGAUGUUAAUGCAGAGUUAAAAUACUGGUUAUCGUUUCCUAACUGAACAUGUACUUUUUUCAGUUGCCAUUUUAGGUCAAGAUUCCACUACUUUUCUGCCUUUGCUUAUGUAGAUUCUAAUUGUACAUAUGAAAAGUGUUUUAAAAAAUAGCUAAACUUGUCAAAAAUAAUAAUACUAGUAAUAAUAAUAAUAAAUGUAUUGCAAGCUCAAUGCGGUUUACAAUCUAUUUAUAUAUAUUGUCAAUGCAACAAAUGUUCAUGGAUUGUGUACUUGUCCUUUGUUAACUUACUUGUAGCUCAUUCAUUAGUUACUUAUUUAUUUGUACUGUUAGCUCAGCUUUUGGUUACUUAUAGAUAUUUAUGUGCACUUUUUAGCUCAUCUUUUAGUAACUUACUGCAUUUAUGUGUACUUAAGCUCAUCCUUUUUAUUUUUUCCUGACUUAAUUUCAUCCUUUCCUGUGCUUUCAACAUUCUGUCUCAGUUUAUGCUCAAGUUCAAGGUCUUAGUGUGACGCAAUUUUCAAUGUGCAAAAAUAAAUUUCAUUCAUUGUGGGCAG